CGACGCCGAGGAUGCCGUUGUCGUUGCUGGCUCUGUACUUCAUACACGCCUUCUACAUGACGUUCCCCAUGACUGCGUACGGAGAAUGGCUCUUCGAUGUGCUCCAUAUGCCUCCAGCCACGACGACGCUCUAUUACUCGGUCACUUUCUUCCCCUGGAACAUCAAGCCGCUCUACGGUCUCUUGUCCGACAGUCUCCCGCUCUUCGGGUAUCGCCGCAAGUCGUACAUCAUCAUCUGCGAGGUCUGUGCAGCCACGUCGCUGGUACUUACUGCUGCCUACGUGCACUCUAUCGCCGGCGCCUUCAUCGUCAAACUGGUAGACGCCAUCGCCGAGGCCUUUGCCCAGCUCAUGCUCGGCAUCUUAUUGGUAGAUCUCACAACGGGAGAUGCCACAAGUAGGAGCAGCGCUCACGUGCAGUCACUGGCCAAUGGAACGAAGAACGCUGCGUCGAUUGCGGCCUUAGUACUGGGCGUCCCUGUGUACAUGAACAAGAAUAUAAAGCCACAACAAGUCAUCGGCUGGACCAGUUUACUGCCACUUACAGCAGGGGCAGUUUGUCUUCUUGGACUGAAAGAAACACCAGUUUAUGAGUUUCUAACUAGUGAAGAAGAGCGCUCUAUUGAAGUCGAUAGGCUGAUCCCAGCGUCUUCGUGGGCCAACACAUUAACGUCCUGGUGGCUCCCGUUCAAGCAUGAUCUGCACCUCAAGAUGGAGCUUAUACGGCCUGUACUCCCUCCCAUGCUCUUCUUCUUCCUGUGCAACGCACUGCCAAGCGAUGGGACGAUCUGGUACCAGUACACGUUCUCACUCCUUAAAGACGAGCACGAGUGCGUGCAGUACAUGUCUAUGGCAGGUAUGAUCGGUCGCUUCCUCUCGUGUCUAUCGUACGCCAAGUGGUGCACCAACAAGAACGUUCGAAGCGUCUUCCUCCUCUCCACGUUGUGCUCCGUUGCCGCUGGCCUUCCGCGGUUGUUGCUAGCGCCUCCUGUUGUCGAUCUCCCAGUCUCAGUGUGCACAUUCAGCACGGUGGAGACGUUCCUCACGUCCUUCACCUCCGAGUUCGCAUUACUGCAGCUGCUAGUCGUGGCCACGUAUUACUGUCCAGCCAGCCCGGACGUCCAAGGACUCACGUACGCUUUGUUUCUUUCGUUCAUGGACUUUGGUGGAGUUGUAUCAGGAAUACUUUCCUCCUUCUUAGUGUCGGCACUAGGCAUUGUGCCUGAUUCGACCACGAAGAUUGUAGAUUGGAGAAAUCUCUGGCUGGUUGUGGCGAUCGCUUCUGUCGGUCAACUUCUUGUCCUGGUCUUCCUUGGUGUGUUACCGGAGAAGGUCGACACUUCAGAAAGCACUAGCGCUGCAGGAGAUCGGAGCAAACGUAAAUCAAUUUUGAUGCUGCCGGACGAACCCGAGAAGCAGCCGCUGCUCUUGGAGCCAGAAGCCUAUGCAGACGUGCGAGUUUGAGGAUAGAGUUAGAAAUGUCAACACCGUGAAAGCCGAAAUUUAAACAGAGCAUUUU